GGGAGAAGCAUUGCAUGGAGAUGGACUGUGUAAGACUGUGUGAGUGAGAGAGUGAGUGCGGCUGGCUGGUAUCACCGGGCGGGCCGAGACGAACCCGCAUGGCUCCACCACAACACUCCUCCAACAUGUCCAUAGCAGCCGAGUACGUCAAGGAUGAGACAGGUCAGUGCUUCAUACCUGCCUCCCAGCGACCUGAUGGUACAUGGCGCAAGGCAAGGAGGGUCAAGGAUGGCUACAUUCCCCAAGAAGAGAUGCCUCUGUAUGAGAGCAAAGGAAAGCAGUGGGCCAAGAACAGAUCAGAUUACCCGGUGGGUCUGGCCCCUGAGGAUGCAGCUGCUAUGAAGAGCCGGCAACAAGCUCCUGAUUCUUCCAUUCCUGGCUUGGUGCCAACUGCCAAGCUGGGUGGAAUGUCAAAGUCACAAAAGAAGAGGGCAGCAGCAGCAAAGAAAAAGGCAGCUGCUACCGAUGCUGAAAUAACCAAAGCCAUGGACGAGACUCACAUCUCCAACAAUACAUCAGGAGGGAAGGCAGUUGCUUCAGAUCCCACCAAGCGCUUGAGGAACCUAAAGAAAAAGUUGCGAGAUAUUGAGAAGCUGGAGAGACAGAUUGCUAGUGGGGAAAUCAAGAAUCCAGAACCGGAGCAGCUGGAAAAAGUGAAGAGAAAAGAGGAGGUGACACAGCAGAUAGAAGACCUAGAACUGGAAAUAGAUGAUGCAAAAUAGCUAAGUCCAGAUUUUAUUUAAAAAAAACAAAGCAAAAUGUAGGAACUUUGUUGUAGUCGUGCAGGCUUGUUUCCGACAUUUGAACGUAUUUAGUGAAGUCCAGUCCUAUGAACGAAUCGAUACGUAUUUUUCAGCAGUUUUUACAAAUUUCUGAAUAUUUUUUUAGGAUUCCAACUUUUUAUGGAUGUCCAACUUUGUUUUAUAUGUAGUACAACUACUUCACCAAUUUUAGUCUUCAUCCUGAUCUCUGUAGGCACACUGACACAGGAUAUCUGGAGUUGCAGGAGCACUGACAUUUUGAAGGCAGGGAAAACUUUCAGUAAUUUAUGUACAACAUAACAAAGUAAUUCAAAUGACCAUAUGUCAUUGCAGGUACAGGAUUGUUUUCCUCAGUGUUGGGGGGUAUUUUUAUUUUGGAAAUAAUUCUAUGAGGCCAAUGUGGAGGGGAAAUUUUUUUAAUUCAAAUCUUUGUGUAAAAGAUAUUUGCUAAACUUUACAGAGGGGGUUCUAUAGUACAUGUAUAUUUUCCUUACUUAAUCCUUGCAAGGAUUAAAAUUUUCAUCAUAACUGUCUUCUUUGAUUAGAAACAACUGAUAAGUGGCAUCUGCAAAAUCCAGUGCCUUAAUAUUUCAGUGAAUCCUUGAUAGGCACAGCAGUCCUGGGGAGGGGCUGGUAAUCGUGUGUGUGUGUGUGUGGAUGGGUGGGUGGAUAAAUGGUUAGGGAAUUGCUGAUGUGUGACUAUGUGUCACUUAUAGGGAAAUUAGCUGGGCUUGUGGGAAUAGUUGCAACAAUCAAAUAAUGAAUGAAUGUCUCUCUCUCUCUCUCUCUCUCUCUCUCUCUCUCUCUCUCUCUCUCUCUCUCUCUCUCUCUCUCUCUCUCUCUCUCUCUCUCUCUCUCUCUCUCUCUCUCUCUCUCUCUCUCUCU